AUGGACCCCUACGAAGGGUUUUUGGAAGACACUGACGAGCAGCAAAGGCUGCUGAACUCGCUGCCGCUCGUGCUGCAGUUGGGCAGCAGGUUUGUGCGGCUGGGGCUCGCAGGUGUACAUACACCUCACUUGCUGCUGCAGGCCCCCUUCCUCCCCACACAGGGGCCCCACAAGCUGCCGCUGCUGCCUGCUGCUCCCCCCGCAGCAGCAGCAGCAGCAGCAGCAAGCCCCGCAGCAGCCCGGAAGCCCCCAGCAGCAGCAGCAGCAGCAGCAGCAGCAGCAGCGUCGGAGCUGCUGCGCAAGGCCAGCAGCCGGCGCCCGCUCGCCGCGCUGCCCAGCCGGAGCCUCCCCCCCCCCAGCAGCAGCAGCAGCAGCAGCAGCAGCAGCAGCAGCAGCAGCAGCAGCAGCGUGAGGCUGCUGAGCCUGCCGGAAGAAGCAGAACUCAGUCAUGCUGCUGCUGCUUUCCUUUAUGCUGCACUUCGGGCUUGUGCUGCUCGCAGCCUUUCCAGCCGGCCUUUGCUGCUGCUGGAGGGGCCCCUAACCCCCCCCCCUUUGAAGCAAAAGUUCGUCGAGCUGCUGCUCAACCACUUCCAAGUAAACCCUAAACCCUAA